AUGGCCACAACCCCAUCUCUACCUGUAUCACAAGAUAUUAAUCCGUCAGAACAGGAAAACACAUAUGUCCAUGACGUAUACAAUGAAAUAGCGUCUCAUUUCUCCAAAACUAGAUACAAACCAUGGCCGAUAGUGGAGAGGUUUUUAACUGGAAGGCCAAAAUAUUCCGUUGGGUUGGAUGUUGGGUGCGGGAAUGGCAAGUAUUUGAAUGUGAAUCAAGACUUAUUUAUCAUCGGUUCAGAUAGGUCUCUGGGUCUUAUCAAUUGUGCGCAAGAAGUCUCCAACAAUCAGUAUAAUUUGGCUAUUGCUGACGGUCUCUCAUUGCCACAUCCAAAUGAUGAGUUCGACUUUGCUAUUUCUAUUGCAGUUAUCCACCACUUUGCCACUGAGGAGAGAAGGAUUCAGGCCAUACUGCAUAUCUUGUCCAAACUAAAGAAGGGUGCACAAUGUUUAAUAUAUUGCUGGGCACUUGAGCAAGAAAAUUCACGUCGCGGUUACAGGGAGGGCGAUGAUCAGGAUGUGCUCAUUCCUUGGGUGCUUCACAACGUAUCCAAGCACUCCAAAAAGAAGAACUCAGCCGGGGACAACAGCACUUGCGCGGGUGACGCUACUCGCGAAAAGGCACAACCUAACGAGACCAAGUAUAGAUACUAUCAUUUAUAUAAACGUGGAGAAUUGUCGGAGAACGCACUUGCUACUGGAUUGUGUACGGUAGCUGACGAAGGAGCUACCGAUCUAGAUGCAUUGAGUUGCCGCUACAACAUGGACAUCAAACGGUAUCUCGAUCCACCUGAUGAAUACAUAGAGGAUUUGAUGAAAUCAUACAAUUCCUAUUUACAAUUCUGUACAGGCUAUACGUCGCUUUCAUCUUCAAGAAGUUUGAAAUCUUUAUUUCAAGAAAGGAAGUUACCAAUUAUAAACCGUGGUACGUACUUGAGAACUAAGGCGAUUACUGACGUUGUGGAAGAGUUUAUACGCGAGUUUGAAAACUGUCAAAUUAUUUCAUUAGGAAGUGGUUCCGACACUAGAGCGUUUUCUAUCUUGGAAAAGCUGCCGCACGUUGUCUAUCACGAGAUUGAUUUUGCUGACACUGCAAAGAUAAAAAAGUUGGGCAUAAUGAAGAACAACAAACUCCGGCAACUUUUCGGUAUCGAUGAAAACGUCCCUGAAAUUGAAUCAAGGGAAGCAUUUGACGCAUUUGAUCCUGAUUUACAUUACAAAAAUUACCAUCUUCACGGAGCCGAUUUGAGAGAAGCACACGCUUAUUCAGAGUGGAAGGGACUCAAUUUCGAUCUUCCAACCAUAGUUUUGAGCGAGUGUGUUUUAUGCUAUUUGUCACCAGAGGAGUACUCUUCAACAAUUAAGUACUGGACCAACUUGGGAAACAAUCUAACGGGGAUUCUAAUAUAUGAGCCUAUGUCUUUGAGAGACCUGUUUGGCCAGACAAUGUACCAGAAUUUACAAGGUAGAGGUUUAAACUUGCAAACAUUCGACAAGUACCCAAAUCUUGAAUCAAGAUUGGAGUUUUUGAAACAAGAAUGCAACCUUUCAAGAUUGCGCAUGACCACUUUGAGCAGUGUCGGUGGGUACAGUAAAACACAAAACACAGAAGAUAAGUCAUGGAUCGGUGCAGAGGACUUGCGGCGAAUCAAUUCGCUAGAGUUUGUUGACGAGAUUGAAGAAAUAAGACUAUUGCUUGAGCACUAUUGUCUUUGUUAUGGCGAAUUCAGAGGGUCAAAAAGGGCUUCAUCCUUCAAAGGAAUUGAUCAAUGGCCAUGGCAUGUAAAAAGUAUAUAG